GUUUUGUUUAGCGAAUGAAACAGUGGAGGCGAUGGUUUGAUUUCAUGCCGCCCAGAAACGUAAGGCAGUGUCGACUCGGACGCCCGUGUUUGAUUUGCCUUUACCUGACUGCCUGCAGGUCCCUAGGGUGGUAGGCACGUACCGCACAUCCCUAGGUUCGUUCCUCACGGCAGAGAAGCUUGGCUUAGUGGGAUGAAGAUGGAGAUGGGGCAGCCUAGGUAGAAGGAAAUGCCGUGUCGGUAGUUAUCCUGCGGCAGCGGCGGCGGCCAUGAGACAGAGGGACAUGUUAUAAAUACCUGAUGCCACACGGCCAAUGUAGAAAGAAAAGUUAUCAACCAACUCAAGCAGUCCAGCCAGCUCUAUCACCAGCUCAAGUGCCUCUCCAGCUCAAUCAGUCUUUGCUACCAUCCUAUCCACCAUGACUAUCAGUCUUCGUGCACUCCUCGUUGCGGCCCUGGUUACACUGGCUGUCGCAAACCCUGUACCCAAUGCCAACCCCGAGGCAGACAUAGCCCUCGAGCGCCGCCAAAUCACCAACUCGAAGGACCUGGAGAACGGCGACUGCAAGCCCGUCGCGUUUAUCUUUGCCCGUGGCUCCACCGAAACGGGCAACAUGGGCUUCAUAGUCGGCCCGCAAGUAUGUAGCGGCCUAAAAGAUAGACUCGGUGAAGAUCAGGUUGCCUGCCAGGGCGUGGGCGGCGCCUACACAGCCGGCCUGAUCCCCAACUUCUUACCGGAGAACACAAACCAGGAAUCCAUCGAUGAGGCCGUGAACAUGUUCAAGCUGGCCAAGGAAUGCGGCGAAGAGACCCAGAUCGUCGCAGCUGGGUACAGCCAGGGCUCGGCGGUGAUUUCGGGAGCGGUGCAGGACAUCGAGGACUCGCUCAGGGAGAAGGUGAAGGGUGUUGCGCUGUUUGGGUUCACGCGCAACAAGCAGGAUGAUGGACAGAUUCCGGGAUAUCCGGAGGAUCAGACAGAGGUUUAUUGUGCUGCGGGUGAUCUGGUUUGCGAUGGCACGCUGAUUAUCACCCCGGCGCAUUUGACGUAUGGCCUUAAUGCGGGAAGUGCGGCCGACUUUUUGGCAGGGACUGUUGAUGCGUAGGCUUAUUGCUCUUUGGAAUCCAGUAUGAGCUCUUUUGCUAAGCUGGGCUGGGCUGAGCUGGUGGUUGGUGACUUUGUAUUCAUUCUUGAGCUUCUAGGUAGCUGCCCGGGUCUGCUGUGUAGGUCCGAUUAUAUAACUUAUAUAACGAGUUUUUCAUUACCGUUUAUCUCACCGGGGAUUGAAAGUUUCUGCUGU